CCUUUCUUUCCAUUUCCUUUCAUCCUCUGGUCUUGAUUGAGCAUUGUCGGACCUGGUUCUAUCUAUUCUUUGUCGUGCCUAUCGAAAGGAGUCCCCUUUGCCACAUCUCGGCAUUCCUCCGAGCCAAGAUUCUUUCCCUUUUUCUUUCUUUCUUCGGCGCAAACUUGGACCUUCAUCCACCUCAACCACAUCCACACACAUACACUCACAAUGGGUCGCAUCAUCUCCCACGGCCGCGGCGGCGCAGGAAAUAUGUUCACAGCCGAAUCGUCCGCCCCGCCCCCCGACCUCGUCACCCCCACCAUCAAACAAGAAGUCUACACCACCGGCCGCGGCGGUUCCGGAAACAUGGUGCACAAUGAUCCGGACCAUCCGGAGCUUGCGCGCGAGAGUCAGGAUGUCGAGUCGCCGCCGUUGCGCGUGGAAGAGGCGGCUCAUCAUACUGGGCGGGGCGGCGCAGCAAACAUGUACAUCCCCACCGCCGAAGAAGAAAAGCGAGUGCGCGAACAAGAGGAACAGCUACGACGGGUGCGCACGCAGGAGGAACAGCGUCUCCGUGAACAAGACGAGUAUCUGCAUCGUGUGAAGACGGAGAGUAAGGAGCGGGUGGCGAAGGAGGAGACGGAGAGUCGGGCUUCGUCGAGUUGAUUACCUCUCUUCUUCUCCUUUACAUUGUUUUUGUUCUAUGGGAGGGGGGUUCUGAGAUGGUAGGAUGAGUAAAGAAGUGCUGCUGGCGGUGCUUUUGUGGGCUGUUGUUUAUAUCCCUGUUUCUUUGUGUUACAUAGGGAGGUGGUCUGUUGUUGGUUUGUAUGGUUCAGUUUGUUUAUUUUGUGUUUUUCACUGUUUCUUUCAUCUUAUUGAGGGUUAUGUCUUCAAUGUCGGUGUCUUUGUUUAUCGGGAUAUGCUAGACGGCUAUCUCGAGAUUGAGUUUCAAUACUGUUAAGGUACUGCUGAAAUAUGACCUAAUGACCAGAUGGGUACCGCUAUUGCUCAAGUCUAGUAACAGUGGUAUAGUGGCAGAAAUAGCAAUAGCAUUUAAUUAAAGCUAAGAAAU